AUGCAGCACAAUGAUUGGAUGCCAUUGUUUUCUGUUGACUACGUAGUUUGUUUGCCAGAACAUCAUAGGACGCGUAAGUUUAACAGUGCCUCAGCAGAAGUUUACAUUGUGGGCUACCAGAUAUCUGCUUUUACUACAAAUGGGGUCACAGAAACUCGUGAUUCUGUCUUUUUACAAGGAUCACGCAAAAGUGAUUAG